AUGGAGGACUUCAACAGCGAAACCGACAGUGACUACACUAGCUACUGGAGAGAUUGGUUCAUCUCAUCUCGUGGAAACGAAUAUUUCUGCGAAAUCGACGAAGAUUACUUGACCGAUCGCUUCAACCUUACCGGCCUGAACACCGAGGUCGCCUACUACCAGUAUGCUUUGGACCUUGUGACGGACGUGUUUGACCUCGACGCGGACGACGACCUGCGCGAGCAAAUUGAGAAGUCGGCGCGUCACCUCUAUGGUCUGGUUCAUGCCAGAUACAUUGUCACAACUCGCGGUCUUGCCAAGAUGGUUGAGAAAUACAAGCGCUGCGAUUUCGGCAAAUGCCCCCGUGUUAUGUGUGACGGACACCCCCUCCUGCCCAUGGGCCAGCACGACGUUGCCAACCAGAGCACUGUUCGCCUGUACUGCCCCAAGUGCGAGGAUAUCUACAACCCCAAGUCGUCUCGUCAUGCUUCUAUCGACGGCGCUUACUUCGGCACUUCGUUCCAUAGCAUGCUCUUCCAGGUUUAUCCUGCUUUGCUUCCCGAGAAGAGCAUUCGCCGCUAUCAGCCCCGUUGCUUCGGCUUCAAGGUGCACGCCAUGGCUGCUCUUGCGCGCUGGCAGGAUGCUUACCGGGAGGAGACAAAGGCGUCCCUUCGCGAAGCCGGUGUGGAAGCCAAAUACAUCGAAGACGACAGUGAGGAGGAAGAGCUAGAUGACGACGACGAGCCUAUCUCGGAGACCAAAGAAGAGAGAGUCGCCGGCGAUGCCGCCUCUGGCCGUAUGGAUCUUGGCAACUGA